CAUUAUUUUUAUUUUGGAAUUUGAACCAGAGGUUUGCUUGUGCCUGCAAUCAUCCUAAGUACAGAUCAAGCGUGGGGGAGGAAAGUUCCGCGUCAACCAUCCACAACCCUUUUCUUAAAGUUCACAUCUUUCGGUUACGCUCCCACAAAAUGUCACGCGCCACCGCCGCGUUCGGAAUCCUCCUCUGUCUGCUCCUCGCCGCCCACUGCUCCGCUCAAAACUGCAGCAGAACGUGCGUUGCGGAGCAGUGCGACACUAUCGGAAUCAGAUACGGUAAGUAUUGCGGGGUGGGGUAUUCUGGCUGUGCCGGCGAGAAGCCAUGCGAUAGUGUUGAUGCUUGUUGCAUGGCCCAUGACGACUGUGUUGACAGAUACGGAAUGACUCAUGUGAAAUGCCACAAGAAAUUGAAGAACUGCCUGAUCAGGGAACUUGAAUCUGGCAAGGCUGGGUUUUCGAAGGAUUGUCCAUACAGUACAGCUGCACCAACGAUGAUAAGAGGCAUGGAUUUGGCGAUCUUGCUGAGCCAAUUGGGUGAACCUGCUUCUGAUAACUGAGAAGAAAGUGGAAUCCUUUUGGAUGCAGUUCUUCCUCCUUCCCCAAAGUUGAUCUUAUGAUCUUCUUGUGCAUGGCUAAGCCUCUGUUAAUUAUUCAUUUUCCAUCUUCUUAUUUAAUAAUAAAUAAUACCACAAGAUAAUCCAGUAGUUUAUUUUGCAGAGUCAUAUAAUCUAUUAGUGUAAGAAAUUGCAAAUCCGUUUCUCAUUUAAUUAAUCUAAAAUUCAUAGGAUGAUGAAGCUAUUACACUGU